AUGUGCUCAAACUCCAAUUGUUACGUGCCAUUUUUCAACUGGUACUGGCCAUUCUGUGGAGUUCUCGCUAUCAUAUUUCAGACUAUUCUACUCCAUUUGAUUUCUCAUAAAUCACCAGCAACACUCGAUGGUCUCAAAAUCUUUUUGUACAACACAUCUUGUGUACAGAUUGCUUUGAUAACAUUUGCAUUCCUAUCUCAACACAGAUUACUUACAAACAGCAUCAGUGCAGCUGUUCUAUCAUUGGGUCCAUGCAGUUAUGUUAGCCCGACAACGUGCUUCAUAAAUUAUCACGUUUUCAUGGCCACAAGUUUUGGAGCUGGAAGUGCAAUUGCUAUAACUGUUCUCUUCCGUUUUUUCGUUCUUGUACAAAAUCAAGUACAUACAAAUCAAACGUAUAUAAUGGUGUUGGCAUCUUAUAUUGCCCCACUUGUAGUAUUGAUAAUUCCAUUUACUGAUAAAUGGGACUUUGAAUCUGCCCAGGCAUCCACAGCCCUGGAGCAUCCUUCCUAUAACCUGUCCAUUUACUAUCCGUACUCGGGAUUUUCAAAUGCUGGAAGUCCUCAGUUUCUGUCAGCCACCCUUCUCCUAUCAAUUGGUGCAUACGGAAUUCCGAUCGGCUGUCUCAUUCUGACUCGAAAAGUUUUAAUUUUGAUUCGUUAUCAUAGUCAUAUGUCGGAAAGAACUAAAAAACAAGCACAAACUCUAAUUCAUGGAUUAAUCGUUCAAUCAAUGCUUCCAUUCAUUUCCUACAUUCCAUCAUUUUCUGGUUAUAUUUAUACUCAAUCUACUGGAAGAGAACUCUUGAUUUGUGAACACCUGAUAUUAGUGUCAUCUGCAUUCCCAGCUCUCCUUGAUCCAUUCAUCUCGUUUUAUUUCAUUGUUCCAUACCGACAGGCAAUUAUUGAAUGGGUACUUCCAAAACGUCAACAGCGAAUCACCACAGUCACCAGCAAUUCAACUUCCGGCUUCAAUUAAAAUAUGAUCUGCAUUUUUCUGUUAAAAACGUGGGAAUGUAUAUUAUACCCUGUACUUUGUCCUCGGAGGAUCAUAAUUUCAAUGGUGACCUUCAUGAUUUUUAUAUAAAUGGUUUCAUUCAAUAAAUAGUAAAUCAGCAUUCAAAU